GGCAGGCACGGCCAGUCAGUCGAGUGUGAGUCGAGUCCGAGCGAUGUCGCAGUCGUAGCACCUCGCUGCGUUCACGUUUGUGUGUGUCGCCUCCGUGAAACAGUGCACAGUAUCAGCGCUACACAGCUCGCACAUACCCAGAUCAAACAUUCGGCCAUUUACAUCCGCCACAUUUCAUCGCCGCUGCGCGGAGUUCAUCGCCGUAGCGCGUCUUGAAGGAUUGCACUCCGGUGGUGACACACGUACGGCGAUCGCACACAAUCACAGACCCAUACACAUCUACACGCGCGCGCGAGCGCUGGCUGAUUAUAAUAUGGCCGCCCGUGUGUAGUGCACUGCACUUCGUGCUCGCGUCGCAUUUUGUCGUUCCGCCGCCAGCCCGCCCGCCGCCAUCGAGGAAGCUCGUGCCAAGAUGGAACUGCGUGUCGGCAACAAGUAUCGCCUCGGGCGCAAGAUUGGCUCCGGCUCUUUCGGAGACAUUUACCUAGGCACCAACAUCUCUACUGGAGAGGAGGUCGCCAUCAAAUUAGAAUGCAUUCAGACCAGGCAUCCUCAGCUACACAUUGAGUCAAAAUUCUACAAAAUGAUGCAAGGAGGAGUUGGCAUCCCACAAAUCAAGUGGUGUGGUUCUGAGGGCGAUUACAACGUGAUGGUGAUGGAGUUGUUGGGCCCAUCACUUGAGGACCUUUUCAACUUCUGCUCGCGCCGCUUCUCUCUUAAGACGGUGCUACUGCUUGCUGACCAACUCAUCUCGCGCACUGACUUUAUCCAUUCGCGCAGUUUCAUUCACCGUGACAUCAAGCCCGACAACUUCCUGAUGGGGCUUGGCAAGAAGGGCAACCUGGUGUACAUCAUCGACUUUGGCCUUGCCAAAAAAUACCGCGAUGGGCGAACACACCAGCACAUACCCUACAGAGAAAACAAGAACCUAACCGGCACUGCCCGUUACGCUAGCAUUAACACACAUUUAGGCAUAGAACAGUCGCGCCGCGACGACCUCGAAUCGUUAGGAUACGUACUUAUGUAUUUCAAUCGGGGCUCCUUACCCUGGCAGGGCUUGAAAGCUGCGACCAAACGACAGAAGUAUGAACGGAUUUCCGAAAAGAAGAUGUCGACCCCUAUCGAGGAUCUGUGUAAAGGCUACCCGGCUGAAUUCCCUACAUACUUAACAUAUUGUAGACAGUUACGGUUCGAAGAACGACCUGACUAUAGUUAUCUGCGGCAACUCUUCCGGACGCUGUUUCACCGACAGGGUUUCACGUACGACUACGUGUUUGACUGGAACAUGCUGAAGUUUGGAGUAUCUAGGAGUGGCCACGGGGAGGAAGGCGGCCGCUCAGGCUCGCGGCCCUCUGCUCCUCAGACCCGAGCACGUCGAACACCUCAUGAGCGCGAAGGUUUGCUGUCUAACAAUGCGGCUGUGCCCAGUCCCUCUGACGAAGUCAUCACCAACAGCAAUACGCGCCUGUUUGAGAGUUACGACCGCCGCAUCUCGAUGCGUUUGCGCGGAGUGCAGCAGGGGGCGCCGAACGCGUCCACCUCCGACCUCUCCAAUUCGAAGCAGGCCAACGCCUCCGGAGUGGCAAUGGCGCCGCCCAGCCAGACGGCGGGUCAGCCAGGCCCGCCUAGACGCGGCAGCACGUCGAAGGAGACGCCCGCGCGGCUCAAAAAGUAGUCGCCGCGCUGCCCUCACCACCUGCCUGCCGCCUGGCCACCUCUGGGGAUGGUGCGGCGGGGGAGCUGCCACACUUUAUACACACAUACAUUAAUAUUAGCGUGCAAUCUGUAAGCGUUGAAUGUGAGACCACGGACGGGAAGCGCCACCAAUUUUACGUUUAGUAUGCUAGCUAGCGCCAAACUGCGAUACUGCAUUGACUCGAGUGAUUUGAGAGGUGGGCGGAGUAUUUCCCCCCACGUGUACUGGUGUUUGUGAACAAAUUUACUUAGGUAGUCGUGGUUUUUUUUUCUUACUCGUGUUUUCUGGGCAUGCACAAUGCACGCGAGUGGCGAUUCACUACGGCGACGUGUCUUUAAUUUUUGGUUUGUGUCUUUUUGUUGCUAAAAUAUCAAAAAACUGUAAAGAUGAUUUGGAAUCGUAGCGGCGGUGCGCAACACUGGCGUUGUGAUAACAUGUGCAGCAUGUUUUUGGAACAUGCAAGAAUGUUUUUAAUUUCGUUUUUCCUUUUUUUGUUGUUGAUAAAAUAUCGAAAGCUGUUUGAAAAUGACUUACACUCGAGAAACGUCGGCGCGCUACCCCGACUUCCAAGAUGAACACGUUUUGUAAUAUGUUCGAAUUGCGUUUCGUGAACUUAUUAGUGAUAAUUGAAUUAUUUAGUAUUAAAGUUGAAUGUAUCAAAUUGAACUACAUGUACAGUGUCUUUUUCGACUGCGUUUAUAAACUUGAGUUGAUCUUCGCCGCGACGUUACGUUCAUUGAUGUCGUAAAUACGGCUUGCGCCCGUCCUCGUCGACCAGGAGGCGGCGCCAAUCCAAUACUCGUGAUCACUGACUAAACUAACGAUUAAUAAGAAGUAAUGGAAGACUAGUUAGGGACUACACUCUAGUAUAUGAAAUGUUUUAGUUGAAUACGCAUAAACGAUACGUUAACUGAUUGGUUGGUUGCAUAUGGUUAAUUAAUACUUGUUAAACUACAGACUUACUUAACGUUAACUCUUGGUGUUCAUAUAAAAAAUUGCUUUUAAUUUAUUCUCAAAUCGCAUAGGUUCCUAAAAGAAAGUUUCAAACAAAAGCCAGUUGCAAACUGAUCGAAUCGCGUAAAUCGAAAUUGAAAACAAAUGGGAAAAUGAAACUUGACAAUUGACUGAGAUGACACAACAUUUGUGAGACAAACUGUCGUUUUACAAGGCAUCAAAAUCAUUUUUGUAUCAACAUUUUUUUAACGCAGCACUUGAAACUUUAAAGCAAUCACUGGACGAGAGCAUAAUUAUUACUUUAAUUGAUAAAUUACUAUACAUUAUUGUUCUAGGUAUAUUGAAACGAAAAUUUAAUUACUAAACGCUAAAAACUAAAAGGAAUGUAAAAAACAGAACACACAAAUUUCAAAAAGGGUGCAACAUAAACGGGCCACUAUUUAUUAUUUUGACACUCGCCGAUCGGCGAGGAUAUCAUUAUCAUUAAGCCUAGGGUAGGCUAUAGCAGGUUACUUAUGUUUUAAUUGUAUUUUGUAAACGAUAGUAGUCGGAGGCAAGUCCAGGUCCAGAUGCUACGAAGACUGUCUAAAUUUUAGCCGCCCGCGCGCGACCUACCAGUAAAUGAACUUGCAACGGUUUUUGUAUUGUUGUGACUUUGGUUCGUGGCAAAAUAACUGGUGUUCCAUUUAUUUCGCACCCGGGUUCGUUAAUGUAAGAUGCGAAUGUGAAAUAUGGGAUUCGUGUGAAUGUGCGGCGUGCGUGGCAUAAUCUCAUUGUCGAUGUGAGCGACAGUUCGUGCGCAUGCAUCACGCAUGGAUCACUCAUAAAAGAAGGCAAUUUAAUUUUAUUUCUUUUUGUAAAUAUAGUAUGUAAUGUACUUUUAAAUUUAUAUAAAAAUAAAUAUACUGGAUGUUCCAGGAAAUCACUACACA